AUGGCGAAAGGGCCUUUCCUAACGGGUGAAGACUUGAAGUCGUGUUUCAACCUCUUCUGCUGUAUCUACGGCAUUGGAACGCUUGGUAUGCCGGGUAACUUUGCCCGCUCCGGACCCGUGAUCGCCGUUAUCGCCAUGACUUUCAUGGCGUUCGCCAACAUCUACUCGUCUCUCUCCAUGUCCAAGGUUAUGCUGCUGGCCCCGCGGUCGGUCAAGACGUUCGGUGACCUCGGCGAAUGGGCCAUGGGCACGACCGGCCGCUGGUUGUGCAUUGUCUCUCAGAUGGGCUCUUGCCUCUUGAUCCCGUGCGUUUUCCUCGUUCUUGGGGGUCAGUUGCUGGACGGCCUCUUCACGGAUGCUUUCAGCCAGACCACUUGGAUCAUCCUCAUGGCUCUGACAGUGCUGCCGGUCUGUCUCGUGCCAACCCUCAAGGAAGGUUCGGGCUCUGCUUUCGCUGGCUGCAUGGGAACUAUUAUUGCCGACGUUAUUGCAGUUGCACUCGUCAUGUACGGCAUGCGUGGUCACCCCAGCGUUCCGUUCCCGGAGUUGAAGCUCUCCCAGGUAGUUGGCGUGUUCGGUAACCUCACGCUCGCGUACGGCGCCGGUAUCGUCAUCCCCGACAUCCAGCGUCAGCACAGCGACCCCACCCGCAUGCCUCGCGUCGUGCUUGUCACUGUCGGCUUCGUCUCGGUUCUCUUCCUCGUGCUCGCUAGUACAUCGUACUCAGCUGUCGGUUGCCAGAUCUCGGGUAACCUGCUUUUCACGAUCUACCCGGACAGUGAGACGGGCAUGACGUCGUUGGGCUUCAAGCCGGACUGGGGCAUGGUGGUGCUCGCCUACCUGUUCAUGCAGCUUCAUCUUACAAUUGCUUUUGCCGUUAUCCUGAACCCGGCCUUCUACAUCUCUGAGCGCGUGUUCCUGGGCAUGCACAAGAAGAAGACCGAGGACAUUGAGAAUGGCUUCGCUUUCGAAGAGGUCACUACCCCCGCUGAACUCGUUACGAAGACCUCGGAGGCCGGCAACUCGGGACGCCAGCUGGGCAACCGCCGCUCCAGGAUGUCGUACGUGUCGGUCGCUGACUCGGAGCGUGUGCACAAGGACAACGAGGAGGAGGAGGCAGCGGAAUACACCGGCGCGAACGUCAUCAAGUACGUCAUUCUGCGUAUCAUCAUUGUCGUCAUUCUGGUGGCAAUGGCCAUUGCCUUUAAGGACCACUUCACCGAGUUCGCCGACUUCGUGGGCGCUUCAUGCAUCACCACGAACUGCAUCCUGCUGCCGGUCCUUUUCUACCUUAUCAAGUCGUGGGAGCGCGUUGCUAUUUACGAGAAGGUGGCGGCUAUUAUUGUUUUCGUGGUGUGUUUUGUCCUCGGUUGCUACGUCACGUACAUGACCGGCAAAGAGCUGUUCGACCCCUCGGACAGCGAAAAGGCCUUCCCGUUCUGUCACGCGGAUUUCGAGAAUACCGUCUUCUAUAACUACACGGCCGAACACCUUUAG